CUUGCUAGAAAAAAGCUGCACACGACCUUGCAAAGUCAGGUACCUUGCAAGGAUACCUCAGCGCUCUCGUCUCUCACCGCUCCACAAGGAGUCUACGGCAACGUUAGAGCCAAGAUGGGGCGGAAGGAGAUUGUCUGCAGUUGGAAGAAACACGUCAAUAACAUCAAGGAUGUGUUUGACUUCAAGGGGAAGAUGGGAUCGGGGUCUUUUUCUGAAGUUUUCAUGGUGAGAGAGAAGAAAACAGGGAAACUGUUCGCUCUGAAAUGUCUGAAAAAAAAGCACCUCACCCACAGCAACCUGGAAAACGAAAUCAAUGUUUUAAAGAGGAUAAAGCAUGACAAUGUGAUUGGACUAGAGGAUUUUUACGAGAGUCAAACACACUAUUACCUGGUCAUGCAACUGGUGUCAGGUGGAGAGCUAUUUGAUCGGAUUUUAGAUAAAGGUGUUUUCACAGAGAAGGAUGCGAGCAUGGUGAUCAAACAGGUGCUGGAGGCUGUUGGCUACCUGCAUGAAAAUAGUAUUGUGCACAGGGACCUGAAGCCUGAAAACCUGCUGUACUAUAGUGCAGAUGAAAACGCGAAGAUCAUGGUUAGUGAUUUUGGCCUUUCGAAGACGCUGGAGCAUGGAGUGAUGUCCACAGCAUGUGGUACACCAGGAUAUGUUGCUCCAGAGGUUUUGGCCCAAAAACCCUACAGCAAAGCAGUUGACUGUUGGUCCAUUGGAGUUAUAACUUACAUCUUGCUGUGCGGAUAUCCUCCUUUCUUUGAGGAGAACGAGACACGUCUGUUUUCAAAGAUCAUGAGAGCCGAGUAUGCCUUCCACUCUCCCUUCUGGGAUGAGAUCUCUGAGUCAGGAAUAGACUUUAUUAGGAAUAUGAUGGAGAAAAAUCCCAUGAAACGAUUCAGUACUGAACAGGCCUUGCGGCACCCAUGGAUUGCUGGAAACACAGCUAAAGACUUGAACAUUUGCCACUCUGUUUGUGAGCAGAUGGAACGGAACUUUGCCAAAUCUAAAUGGAAGCAAGCUUUCAAUGCAAGUGCUGCCAUCUACCACAUGAAGAAACUUCAGGUGUCCCACAGGGAGCCCUCCUCCACUCUUUCACUUCCCCACAUCAUUGUACAGACCUCCUCUCAGACUGACCUAGAAUCAUUUGGAUCCUGCAAUGAUGAAGCUCACAGCUUGGACCCAAAUGGAAAUCCUCUCCAUGCCUCCAGUCAUCUCACUUGCAGUGGGUCUGAGCCCAGCAGGGGUCUUUGCCCUCCACUCAGAGGCCAUCAUAGGGAACCCAAGUACCUUCUUGCAGAACCACGAGAGAUCCACUCAGUGGACUCUGAGAAUGACACUUCUUUCAUGUCAUCCAGAAGCCUGGAUGCUGUGGCAGAGAGGAAGGACCCGCCACUCCAGUCUGGUGUUUGUUCCGUCAUGUGAUUGGCUGGCUAACCUAAGAUGAUUCUCAUUUGACAACGCAACGUGGCAUUCUCCUUGGUUUAAAGAUGCCAGCAUGUCUAUUGCUCAACACUUCGGUCUUCUGAGCUGAGGAAAAUAUUUGCAAGUGACUGACACAACUGAGGGGCCGGCACGGUGGGCGACUGGUUAGCACAUCUGCCUCACAGUUCUGGGUACCGGGGUUCAAACCCCCACCCCGCCUGUGUGGAGUUUGCAUGUUCUCCCCGUGCCUGGGUGGGUUUUCUCCAGGCACUCCGGUUUCCUCCCACAUCCCAAAAACAUGCGUGGUAGGUUGAUUGAAGACUCUAAAUUGCCCGUAGGUGUGAAUGUGAGUGUGAAUGGUUGUUUGUUUAUAUGUGCCCUGCGAUUGGCUGGCGACCGGUUCAGGGUGUACCCCGCCUCCUGCCCGAAGAUAGCUGGGAUAGGCUCCAGCAGCCCGCGACCCUAGUGAGGAUAAGUGGUACAGAAAAUGGAUGAAACACUGAGGUUAACUGUAAAACACUGUCUUGCACUUUUCUCUUUUUUUGUCUUUGUGACUUAGAUAAGAUCUAUUGGCAUGUCAGUAUGAAGCUGAUGCGCUUUAUCAGUAUAAAUUGAAUGUUUCUUUAAAUGUACAUCAGUUGAUGGAAAAAAAAUACAGCUUGCACAUAGAAGAUCCUAAUUCUGAGAGUUAAUUGUCUACAGUGACCUAUUACAAAUCACUAAUGUUUGUGGUUUGGAAUAUGUACGAUACAUAAGCUGCUUUUGUUGAACAAACAAAUUCAUCAAGUGCCACAAAUCGGUAUAAAAAUUAUGUGAAAAAUUACAAAUGUAGUGAAAUGCAUUUUUUUAAAAUGUUUUUUUUUCUCAAUAAAUGUAGACGAGU